UCAGAAAACCCAUGGCACCAAAAACCCUCCAUAGAACCCCUAACACUUCGGUCCUUCUAACCUCACCAUGCUUCUCUUGCGUGCAUUUCUUAGCGCGAGGGGUCCUUCCGGCCGCAGAUUCGCCCACCGGCGAGCGGUGGCCGACGCUACCCUGGUAAAACCUCAAUCUGGACCUCCGUCUCCGCCGCCGACCCCUCCACGGCCGCCGCAAAAACCGAUACCCUUCACCAUGCACGGCUUCACCUGGCACGACCCUUACAGCUGGAUGUCGAAUCUCUCCGACAGUGUCUCGAUGCGCCACAUGGACGUGUACAUGGAGCAAGAGGAGAAAUACGCCGAGGCGGUGAUGAUCGCCGCCGACGCCGACCGCCUUCAGCGCAAGAUCCAGAUCGAGAUGGCUCCUCGUAUGUCCUCUGAUCUCUGCUCACCGCCCGUUCGUUGGGGUCCGUGGCUUUACUAUAGCCGCGUGGAGGAGGGGAAGCCAUUUCCGGUGCUCUGCCGACGUAAAGCUAGCUUGCAGGAGGAGUUCAUUUCUUACAAUACGCCAUCUGUCGGCUUCGACUUAACUGCCGGCAAGAGAAUUGAGCAGAAGCUGCUUGAUUAUAAUGCUGAAUCUGAGCGAUUUGGAGGUUACUCUUAUGAAGAACUAUCUGAAGUUUCUCCAGAUCAUCGUUUCCUUGCAUAUACCAUGUAUGACAAAGAAAAGGACUCCUUCACUUUAUCCGUGAGGGAUUUAGCUAGUGGUACUCUACUCGACAAACCAAGGGCCGAUCGAGUUGCAAAUUUGUCAUGGGCAAUGGAUGGAAAGGCUCUGCUUUACACUGUUACAAACAGUGAAAAAAGGCCACAUCGAAUGUAAUUCUCGAGGAACCUGCUGUUUCUCUUGAGGUUGUUGAUUUCUGUGACACGCAUAUGGUGCUUGUUCUGAAAGAAGACAAAAGAUAUAGGCUUUGCUCAAUUUUGCUGCCUUUGGACGCA